UGCGCGUAAGUCAUUGGUUCCUUCAUCAAUCGCCGUGCAACAAUUCUCUCGGCUCUGCAACAAUCCAUUAUCGUUCUCGUUUGAUCUCUGCUGUUCUGAUCCGAUCAUGAGUUGCUAGCAAGAGCGUGACUAGAAUGGCAGGGAGAUGGCUACCGCCGGCGGAACUCACCGGAAGCGGCAGGCCGGUGCUGAGACCCGGGGAGGUAGAGUGCUGCCUCAUCUCCUCCGUCGACAUCGAGUGCGAAGAAAACCCUAACUUCCCUCAUCACUUCAAAUCCGGCCUCCUUAUCCUCACCACUCACCGACUCAUCUGGAUUCCCACCUCCACGACUUCUGCGGCGGCGGCCUCCGCCAUUCCUCUGGCUGCCGUGUCCCACAUCUUCUCCACCACCACCAGUACCAAGAAGAAGAAGUCGACCAUGAUCAAGGCCAUGUUCUCCAGCCCCAGGGCUCGGUUCCAGGUCUCCGCCAACCCCCAAGGCGAGCUGGACGAGAGAGGGUCGACGUCCACGGUCAUCACACUCGUUUUCAGGGGCAAGUCCGCCGAUUCCGAUUCCUUUUUGGCUAAAUUUUUGGAGGCUUGGAAGGGCCGGGCCUGGCAGGAGGAAAGCUCGACCUCAACCUCAAGGAGUCCAAGUGAUGGUCCCGGAGGAGGAAGUGUAGGACUGAGGAUGCCCGUGGUUGGGGUUUCAGGGAUACUGAGGAAGGAACAGGAGGUUUGGGAGACUACAGAUAAGAGCUUGCAAGAAGCUUUUCAGGACUUGAACGCUCUCAUGAGUAAGGCUAAAGAGAUGGUUAUGCUAGCUGAGAAGAUGAGGCAGAAACUUUUGUCAGGUUCAAACAAUCAAUCUGGGGCAGCAAAUGAUGAGGAGAUGGGUUCCAAGGAAGAGAUGCAAGAUUGGUUGUUGAGUGUUGGUAUUGCAUCCCCAGUUACAAAAGAAUCUGCUGGUGCAUUGUAUCACCAACAGUUGUCCCGUCAGUUGGCAGAUUUUGUGAGAAUCCCACUUGAGAGGGCUGGAGGAAUGAUCAAUUUAAUAGAUAUUUAUUGUCUCUUCAAUCGUGCACGUGGUACAGAAUUGAUAUCACCUGAGGAUUUGAUGCAAGCUUGUACCCUCUGGGAGAAGUUUGAUGUCCCAGUAAUGGUUAGGAAGUUUGAUAGUGGUGUAAUAGUCAUCCAGAGCAAAUCUCGUAGUGAUGAGGAGGUUUUCUCUAGAAUCAAAUCCCUUGUCCUAAAGCCUGAUGCUAUCCGAACUGGGAUCAGUGCUAGUGAUGCUGCAAUCACUCUGGGGAUUGCUCCAGCUAUGGCUAAGGAGCAUCUUCUUGCUGCCGAGAGCAAAGGUCUAUUAUGCAGAGAUGUAAGCGCUGAGGGCUUUCGGUUUUAUGUGAAUUUGUUUCAAGAAAUCAGUCUAGAUGAUAUAUACUUGGUAAGGGAUCAUGGCACGUACAGUUCGUGGGUUCGUGCUGCCUUUGCUCACUAGGGAAAUUCAGUGAAGUUGUUGAAGUCACAGACCUGAAGCCAAAGUUCAGACAAGGAGGAGGAUUGAGUAGUAAAUGAUUUUUCCUUUGCUUGCCCAUUCCCAAUGGACAAUGGAGAAAUUUGACAGCAGGGGCACGCAGCGGAAGAAUUCCUACAUUUUUGCAUUUGAAGUGUUAAACAAACCCACCCUAGCUGAUUCCGAUUGUAAAGGAAAAAAAGGAAAAGGUUCCAGUCAUCUCCCAACUCUCUCUACUGUCGAAAUAAACCAUAAUAUACUUUGUGUUGUAGCCCCUUCUAUUUUUGUACAUCUCUAGGUAUAAAUAAUUUCACAUAAACCUUGCUUGUGUUGGUACCUGUUUUCUUCCAUUUAAUUAUUGUUAUGUCAGCAGCCCUUUAAAACUA